AUGGCCGCCGUCAGCACCUCCCCGCCUCCUUCGGCAACCUCCCCCCAUGGCCACGGCGAUAAUCGCGAACAUAUUUCUCAUCAUGCAUACACAUCACCAGCCGCAGAAGAUGUCUCGAGAAGAAACCUCAACGCUCCUUCGCUCGGCACAGGUAGCGCGCGACUACGGGAUGCACCAGUGUCUCCUGUGCGAGUCAACUUUCACGACCAAAGCUGGCCCCAUCCGUCAAAUGCCAAUAUUGAGCAUGCACUGCCGCAAACUGCACAAUUUGGUGUCGUUGAGAAUGGUUACGGGCAUGAGUAUACCUCAUCUAUGGACGGUUCUGAGACCAUUCCCUUGUCCGAGGUGUCAACCGCCCAGCCGUCUCAACCGUCCGCCGUUGGAACCGGCCCUUCGGACGUUGACGCCUUAGCAGCAAAGUUUACCCAUGCGUCGCUGGAUCUCAGCCUCCAACCUGCCUCACAAGCGGCGCCCGAGCGGUAUGAAGGGUCUCCCAUGAGCCCCAAGCAUCGCGUACGAAACCAAGAUAUCUAUCGAAACAGCCGCGAGUCCGACGAAACGGCUAGCACCUCGCAGCAACAGCCAUCUGCCCAGUCUUCCGCUGCAACGAGUGCAAGCUCCGUCUCUGGCGUCAACGACAAUUCGGAGUAUCCGCCCAAUGGCGACUCGCCGGGAAGUUCCAUCAUAGAGGGCAAUUUGCCAAAGAACCUGUCCGUUCCACAGUUCCAGUAUCACCACCAGCAACAAGAGUUUCCACCUCGUGUCUCUAGCGGAGGCGCUGGUCAAUUUGCACGUUCGCCAUCUUCCGACCUCUUGGAAAAUGGAGGACAUAUCAGGCGCCACCUCACUCCGCAAUCGGGAUACUUCCAAAGGAGCUCCCUUCCUCGACCUCAAUCAUCAUACUCGACCCUUUCGGAUUACAGCCCUAGGGGCAGAUCUCCCAAUCUACUGCCUGGUGGCUCCCACAUGCGUGCUCCCUCUGUUCAGUCUCGCAAGUCUCCCAAUGUGCGGCCAUCAUCGUACGCCGAGCUUCUCAGCGUCCCAUACCCGCAACAAGCUCCUCCGUCGUUUUCCUUGGAUAACUCGAAUCUUCGAACUGUCGUUGGAAACAAUGCAUCGCUUCUCAGCACCCAGAAAACACUGGAAAUGUAUCGCCAAAAUGUCAAGAAGACGACCGAUGCGUCUAUUCAGUACUCUUUUGCGGUUUUCUUGAUUUCAACCGCACAAGAGCAAGGUUUAGAUUCGUCCAACCCCAAAGCGAAGCGGCCUGCACAACAGCCACUGAGGGACCUCGACAGUCCCAUUGUGGAGGCGUCAGUCACCAGUCCCUACGAGCUGGUUUGCGAAGCUCGACAGAUCCUCAAGCGAUUGUCCGAUGGCGGUUAUCCCUUUGCCGAGUAUUACCUUGCUGAUGGCUAUUCGUCCGGGCUCUUCAGCAAAGGCAAGAAAGAUGACGAUACGGCGUUCCCGCUCUUCGUCCGGGCAGCUAAACACGGCCAUGCCGAGUCUGCCUACCGCACCGCUCUGUGCUAUGAGUUUGGAUGGGGAUGCAGUAAAGACCCUGUAAAGGCUGUCCAGUUUCUGCGCAAGGCCGCAGCCAAAUCGCAUCCUGGUGCCAUGACGCGUCUGGGCAAGGCAUGUCUAUCUGGUGAUUUGGGUGAGAAGCGAUACCGUGAGGGUAUCAAGUGGUUGAAACUUGCCGCUGAAGCCGCUGAUUCGCAGUACAACGCUGCUCCAUAUCAGUUGGGAUGCUUGUACGAGACUGGCUACGGAGACGACAUCUUUGCAGAUGCAAGCUACGCAGCUGAGCUGUUUACCCACGCUGCAGACUUGGGCCACCCAGAGGCUAACUACCGAAUGGGUGAUGCUUAUGAGCAUGGCCGAUUGAACUGUCCUCGCGACCCGGCAUUGAGUGUGCACUUUUACACCGGCGCUGCUGAACGUGGCCACUCGGCAGCCAUGAUGGGUCUUUGCGCCUGGUACAUGGUUGGAGCUCCUCCUAUUCUGGAGAAGGACGAGGAGGAGGCAUACGAAUGGGCACGGCGAUCUGCUGAACUAGGUUUUGUCAAGGCUCAGUACGCUGUAGGGUACUUUACCGAAAUGGGUAUCGGUUGUCGACGUGAUAUUCUCGAAGCCAAUGUCUGGUACGUUAAAGCCGCCGACGCUGGUGACGAACGAGCCAAGCAACGUAUUGCUGUCAUCCAGGCCGCCGUUAGCGGAGGAGGCACUCCCAUGGAUGUUGCACCACCGCGCGGCAAGAAGGGUGGCAAAGACGACAAGGACUGUGUUGUCAUGUAA